GAUAACUGACAUCACAUCACAUAAAAGUCGAUCAUAAUUCCAAGUAAUACCAUACUCAUCAAAUUCUCUCGAGAUGGUUUGCACAAAGUGUCAAAAGAAAUUGUCUACUACGUCUUUGGCAACUCCAGAGGUCAAAAAGAAGAAUGACAUGUAUCUUGGUUCGCCAGCUGGAUCAUCAUCAUCCAAGGCUGGUUCGAAGACCUCCGCCACCUUGGGGAAUAAUGGUAUAGGCAAGAGUAAAUUGUUAUCGAAAGCUGCUAGAAAUCCUUAUGCUACAUACUCGACAACUUGCACCGGCAAAGAAUGCAGCACAAAGGUUGACCAGGGCAGAAAGUAUUGUCUGAAGUGCUCAUACAAAGCCAACGCUUGCGCAAUGUGCGGAAAGUCGAAUGCGAAGGCGUCUUCAGCUCCAGUUGUCGCUGGACAAAAGUUCAAUUUGAAGUGAGGAACGGCGCCGGCGCAAGCAGGGAGUAAUUACUAGAAUAAACAUUUGGAAAUGGCGCCCGGAGUAUUUGUAGGGUCUCUACGACGAGCAAAGAAUGGCCCGCGAUUUAUUUGGUGAUUAUAUAUUGGCAGGAAGCAUUACAACUUCAUUGUUCGGAUGGACACUUAAACUGAGGCAGUGGAGAACAUAGGAUUAUACCGAUUGCGGAACAUGCAUUCCCACUCACUAGAGCACAUGCUUGAACACUUCCUACACACAUUAGAUUGCGAUUUUGAAUAUCCGUCAAACUCGCGAUAAUCGAUAUGCCAACAAGCAGAAACUUAAUUUCACAACAUAGCGCUGGGCAAACAAUACAAGUGGUUUCGAAACGGGACUCUUCGUUUAGAUCCAGACAGACGGACUAUUGACCCUAAAGAUGACUAUCUACAGAUGUACAAGUCUUUGUGGAGACCCAAUACAUUUCUUCUAAACCAAAUUCCUAGUGGCAAUUCCACCUUUGAUGAUUUAUGAAGAUCGUCAAAAUGUCCCAAUCUGGAAUUUGGCUCCCAAGUCACAUCAAUCUUGACUUUCCUAUGGAAUAGCGGAACGAGUAUAGAUUUAACAUCCUCUCCUACAAUUCACGUGAGCUAUGUGUUUAGGGGUCGGGAAUGCGAGGAAGAAAUACCAAGGCGUCCGUUGACAACGAGCUCUGAGCGUCGUUUAAAUGUGAAUGAGUUAGAGUUUACGUUGUAAACGACUUCCAUCGGAUCGAAGGGCGCAUUAUCUCGACGUGUGUGGUCUUGCAUGGUGGUUUAUCGCAAUACUUUCCUAGUGUUAUUUCAGUGGUAUAUCUGUAAGUUUGGCAGAUGUGUUGAAAUCUUCUGGUUGCAAAGUUUUAUGUUUAUAUACAUACGCCUUUCUCGAAUUGGGAUUUACUUUAGGUGAUUCUGAGGCUCAAACAGUCAAGAUGCGAAUGGUUGAUCUGAA